AAGCUUCCAGUGUUGGAAAAUCUACAACUUCUGGAGGACUAUGGCCCCAAAGUGAACUUCAAAAAGCAGAAAUUGAAAGCUGGCAAUUUUUCUGGGUUGCCCAGCUUCAGCAAGGAGAUCGUGGCCCGAAUGAGAAAAUAUCCAAUUCUUGAAAGUUUUUCUCCUGUUGAGCAGUGCAAUUUAGAUUAUGAUCCUGAGAGAGGAUCUGCUAUUGACCCACAUUGGGAUGACUGGUGGCUAUGGGGAGAAAGGCUGGUGAGUUUAAACUUGCUCUCAGAUACCGUACUUUCCAUGUCCUGCGACUCAGAGGACAAUGUCCAGUUAUUUCCUCUAGUUCUUCACAAAAACAAGCAGAUGCACGGGUAUAAAUCUCCUGAUAUUUCUCAAGAUUACCCGAUUCAAGAUUGCAGUCUUCUAGAAAGACUAGAAAGCACCUAUUGUUCACCCACAAAGUUAGUCCCACUCAGAGAAAUCCUUGUGGCGAUUCACCUACCUCAGAGAUCACUUGUCGUUCUCAGCGGAGCUGCUCGCUACCAGUGGAAGCAUGCCAUUUAUCGCAACCAUAUUAAAAGUCGUCGCAUAUGUAUCACCUUCAGAGAAUUGACUGCUGAGUUUGGUCUUGGAGGAGAACAGGAAGAGCUGGGUAACAAUCUCUUGGACAUUGCUCUAACAUUCAAGGGAUCACCUGUAUAACCCCAAGGGGAAAGCAUUGAGGCUUUUCUUUGGCUGCUGCAUAUUAACAUUCAGGGAUUUCAUAAACCUGCUUCCUUAUUUCCCUUCCCCAGAGCAAAGUUAUACAGCAUUCAUUAAUCUUACAAGGGUGUUUCUCAAAGUUAUAUUCUAGAAUUAUUUACUUACUUACUUCCCCACUAUAAUUAAAAUAAUUUGAAUUAAUUUUUUAAUCCAGUGUGGCUCUCCAGAUGUUUCUGAAUUUAAUUAAUGUUAACAGUGAAGCGAACACAUGCAUCUUUGGAAUCAGAAGAUUUCCUUUUAAAGUCUGUUUGCAGCUCAUAGUCUGUGGCUUAUGUUUCAAUGUUGGGGUACAGCACCCACAAUCCUCUUCCUUAGCUGACUAACUUGGGCUGUAGAGAGUUGUAAUUCACCAUCUGGAGGACCGUAGGUUAUAUGUUCAAAUGUAUUAAUUAAGAGUUAAAUUUCUUAUCCCUAACCCUGUUAAAAUCAUUAGUUUUAAGGGUGGGUAUACAUUCAUUUCUCUUUUUAUUUUAUUUAACUCAAACUCAAACUUCAAUAUAAGAGAAAUAAAUUAAAAACAGAGUUUAUUAAUCCUUCUCACAAUUACGGCAUUUGUCCAAGGAUGCCAUCCUUGAUAUAUAACCAAUAAAAUAUCUAUUAAUCACAGGAUGAUCAGUAUCUAAGCUUAUUUUUAAAAUGUGGUGAAUUCACAUAUGCAUAAAUACCAGAGCAUUCAUAUUUUAUCUUUACCUUCCAAUCUCUAUAUCACAGAGGUCCUGGUAUAGAUUUUUUUUAUUAACCUUUUUUUUUUUAAAGCAAAUUAAAAAAAAAUCAUUAGAAAAUUGAGAGGAAACAAAGCUGAACAAAGAAAUGAAAUCAUAAAUACAUUAUUUUGUGUUCUUCAAGUCGUUGA